AUGACUGAUACGGCAGCAAAUUAUGCACAGUUAUAUUUGAAGGAGAUAGUCAGAUUGCAUGGGAUUUUGAUAUCCAUCAUAUCUGACAUAGAGUUAUUGGGUAAUAAAUUGGUUCAUGAAGUGAUUGAGAAGGUGAAUAUCAUUGUGCAACGCCUUAAGACAGCUUACAGUCGACAUAAGUCUUAUACAAACACGAGGCAUCGUGAGCUAGAAUUUGCUGUUUGUGACAAGGUAUUCUUGAAAGUGUCGCCAAUGAAGGGUGUGAUGCAGUUUGAGAGUAAGGGAAAAAUUAGUCCUUGUUUUAUUAGACCUUAUGAAAUUGUGAGAAGAAAUGGGAAAGUGGCUUACGAGUUGAACUUACCGUCGGAGAUAUCUAUAUUGCAUCAUGUGUUUCACAUUUGGAUAUUGAGGUUGUAUAAACUUGAUCCUUUGCAUAUCUUAACUCAUGAAGAGAUUAAAGUCAACGAGGGGUUUUCUUAUGAUGAAGAACAUGUGCUAAUCUUAGAUCGUCAAGUUAGUAGGUUGAGAACUAAUGAUGUAGAUUCUGUUAAAGUCUUGUGGCAAAAUGAUAAUACCAAGGAAGUGACUUGGGAAGCGAAGGAGGACAUGAAGAAGAAUUACCCUCAUUUAUUACCUAUCUCAGCUUAUGGGAGUCCCUGUGAAGACCCCAUUGUUAUUGUCGGGUUGUUAUCUGGUUUUUAUUCAUGGGAUAGCCCAUAA